UCAACGAUUGAUACGCGAACGUCUGGCAUCGAGCGUAGACGUUUCGGACGAGGCGUAGCCGGGCGGCUCUAGGAGUGUUAAAUGCAUUUUUAAAAUUUACGGUGGACGUGUCCGGACCUGAUUUAUUUAUCCACCCGUGCCGCCGUGCAGCUGAAACCUUUCAUAGAAAAAUAUUACGCCUAAUUUGAAUGUCUGGAAUACCGGCAUUGACGUGAAAUAUGACCCGGUGGCUAGUUGUGACCCUGCUGCACGCCCUUGUGACCCUCGAUGCGGUAGGCGGGGGGAUCGAUUGCGCGAAUUUGACGAACGUUGUCUAUGGACGGGGCCGCGCCAGGGAGCCCGAACUCGGCGACGCACCCUACCAGGCCAAUUUGUUAUUCCGCUUGAACGGAUCGGGCGUAAGUUUUUGCGGAGGUAGCCUGAUACACCCCAUAUGGAUUUUAACGGCGGCCCAUUGUCUAGAGCGCAACGGCGAGCAGUUUAGCCCCGAGUUUAUAACGGUGGCCUUGGGAAGCGUAUUAACAGAUGGCGACGGAGCCCAAAUGGUUCCGGCAGGCCGUGUCUUCAUCAGCCCGGGAUAUCUCGUAAACGGAAACUCGGAUGACGUCGGCCUCGUUCGAUUGGCUCGACCCGCGAAACUAAGUAACUACGUCCAAACGAUUUCCCUCCACCGCAAUAACGGAGAAAGUUUGCUUAAUCUGACGGCGUAUUUGACAGGUUUCGGUAUAAUAAACGACUUUCGCAGGCGACCCAAGAGGCUCCGGAAAGCGAUUUUGCACGUGGCAAAGCCCGAAAAGUGUUCGCUGAAACCGCAAGACGACCAGAUCUGUUGCACUUCGACCGUGGAUGAAGGGAAAGCUUGCAAGGGCGACAGCGGAGGGCCAUUAGUAACAAUCAUCGCCGGCAAAACUUACCAAAUAGGCAUCGCCAGUCACUUGUCACUGCUACCAAUUUGUCAAUUAAAAUUCAACAAUUCCAUCUAUGCGCGCGUUUCGAAAUACAUCGAGUGGAUUUCGAACGUUACCGACGUUAAUUUUCAAUAUUACGACGCGUAAUAAUAAUGCGUGCAUUUUAAUAGGGCCGA